GCGGGGGGCCGAGCGGCGCUCCCAGCCCGGCUGCGGCGGAGGGUAAGGCGGGCACGGCGCGGGGGGCUCGGCCGGGGCGGUGGGAGAGCCCCGGGGAGGGGCGGGAGGAGGAAGGGAGGAGGAUGGGGAUGGGGAUGGGGGGGGCCGGUGCCUCCCUCCCCCGCCGCGCUCUGCGGCACUGCCGCAGGACUCCGCGCUGCUCCCAGCCCCGAGCGGCGGAGGGCGGCGGGGGAGGAGGAGAAAUGGCGCUGCCGGGUGUUCCCCGCUGACAGCGGGCCGAGCGCCGGGCCCGGGGGGCUCCGCUCCGGUCGGAGGGGGCGAUGCGGUGCGGCGGGGCCCCCGCUGCGGCCUGCCCCCACCCCCGCCUUCCCGCAGAUACGGUGCUGGAUCGCUGCUGGGUUGUUUUUUUUUAUGACUUCUGGGGGGUAAAUAGCGUUUUGUGCGGCGCUGCUGUGGGAUUUGGAGCAAAGUGACCUAUUUUAAAGACCUUUUUUUUUUUUUUUUUUUUCUCCCUCGCUCUCCCCCACCCCCCCCCACCCCCCCCUCGCUCCGAUCGGCCGAUCCCGUUAGCCAAAUAGCGUUCCCCGACCAUUUUAAUGUGUCAGAUGAAAGCAUCUCGCCGAGGCUCGGCCCUCUGCACCCCGCGUGGGGGAGAGGGAUCGCUGGGAGCAUCGCCGGGCCCUUCGGGUUCACCUUUGUCACCGGCAAAGCGGAGAUACGGAGCGAUGCAGGAGAACCAUUGUGCUGGGCGCGGUGCGAGGAGAGCCGCGGUAAAAUGGUCGUUGUCAACCGCGGGGCUGGGGGGAAAAAAAUGACAGAACGGCGUCGGCCUGCAGGACUUGCCUUGGUUUGUGUCGGUGCUGGUUCUCGUGCUGCAUUUCGACAGGCGGUGUUGCUGUGGCGGUGGUGGUGACUAGUUGAACGCAACGCGUCGCGUCCUUCACCUCUGCCUGGCGCGGUGUGAGGGCCCCGCAUGGCAAGGGCAGAUUGCUGAGAUGUUACCUGAAGGUUUGGCUGCUAUCGAUUCCUUACUGUUAAGGCUAUUUAUAGGGCGUGGGACGUGGGCUCUUGUUUUGUGCGUUUGGAUAAAGGUUAUCGGCUUGGAGUGCUUCGAAUGAAACGUUCCCAAAAUACCAUCCCUGGCGUUACGUGUAGUGUUGAAUGGUACGGCUCAGAUCUCCUGAGAAAUACUGCUCGUGGUGGCACCCCGUGAUGCUGAAAACAUCCUGGAAAACCGGGCUGUAUUUUGAGGCUGGGGAAGGUUUGUUUUCAUGUUCUGCGAUUACAAAAUAACAACUUCUGUUGCAGGAAGGAGGAAUUUAAGAUACAUGUGUCUUGAGACUGCUGGGAGCACCCGCAGGUUUCUUUCUGUUGCCCAUUCCUGUAGGAUUGUGUCCCUUUCUGCUGCUGGCAUCCCAGGGCAAACCUCAUCAGCCCAGGCUGGGCCUUCCCGUUGGAUUCCCCACAGCACCCGCCUACUUCUGAUGGUUCCUUUGCUGUCUGUAGGACCCUCUUCCCUUUGUCUGUUGGCUCAGAUGCACUGCUGAACUUGAACCUCAGUGCAUCCCUUGAACUCCAGGGAUGUUUUUCUCCUCCUGUGUUAAGGAUGUGCUGCUAAAGAGAAAGUAGUUCCAGUAGAACAGCCUAAAUUACACUUAAUCUCGUUGAAAAGCCAUCUGAAGUAAAAGAUCUUUGGAUAGUUUGAUUAUUACUAUUACUGUUAUUAUUAUUUUGCCUUUAACUGGGCUAAUGUUAAGUGCUGCACGCAGAGGACCAGACGUUGGAGUUAAAAUUAUAUACAGAGAAGGUGACUUAGGCCUCAAGUUGGACUAUUGGAAAAAGUUAUCUAUCAUGUCCUCCAAUUGGAUUCUGCUGUAGGCGAGGCUGGAGAAUGUUAAAUGUUUACUUCCAUGUAAAUAACGUUUCCAUUUGUGCAGCUUUCAUCUUUGCCUUAUCCAUGCAGUUCAUCAGGUCGUGUCACUGGAGUGACAUUUUUUUGAUGUGUUGUAAGGCAGCCCCUGUUUGUGUGCUUGGUGAAAUAUAUCAGAAGAGAAGCAAAUAUCACACUAAUAAUUACAUCUUCAGAUGUAUCCUACCGGUGGAUUUCCUGUAACCAGGAUGUGUUGUAGAGAACAAUAGACGUGGCAAAGAGUUCAGGGGGUCGUUUUAAAGAUGUUGGAGUCGCUGACUGCAGUGGGGUUCCACCUGGACACAACCUGUGUGGUUCCAUCAGGUGCUUCGGGUACGCUCUCUUCCAGUUCUCUUGUCUAGCAAAGGAACGCUGGGUGUGCUGCUGCUCUUGCUCUUCUGCAAGGCUGUACCUCUCUUCUUGCUUUGUAGAGGCUACAGAAUAUUUGCAGAAUAUUCCUCGUGCGGUUUAUUUAACAGAAUAUUUUGUCCUGUAAACGUUCAGGGUUGGUCUGGGUCUCCAUGAACCAGGAAGUGGUAAAGAAGCUGUGAUAAAUAUCACUCCUCCUAUUCCAUUCUCAAUAUGUACUGGAGAACUCCUCUAGGAUACCAUCUUAGUAAUUAUGCAAGUGUUUUCUGGUCACAUUAAGAUCACAUUGACAAUGCACAUAAUGUGUGGAAUUGCACACCAGGGGCCCUGAGGAUCCCUGGCUGUUGGUGCUGCCAGUGGUGAUGGGGCUUUUGCCCUCUGAAUUACAGUGGUUAUGGGUGGCCAUCAGCUGUCUCCAGUUCAAGCAUGCCGUGGGGUCAGAGGGCUUUUUGUUGUGUUUCCUCACUCAAAUGUGGUCAGAGGGGAAAGCUUCACUUCAGCUCUGGACUAGAGGCACAUCUGCACUGCAUGGUUAUCCUGUGCCUGGCAGCAGGGCUUGGUUGUGGAUGACUUUGGUGUCCUCCCUUGGCUAACCUUUGUUGCAGUAUGGGGUGGCUUCGUGCCUGCUGAGGUGGUUGGCUGUCCUGCCUACCAUAACUUGUGAACGUGACCUCUGCCUUCCACAAAACGCUCUGCUCAGUGCAGAGCAGAUCUCCAGUCUGUGCAGUCCUGUGCUCUUCAGUGGGCUCCCGAGGCCCCAGAAGUCCGUUUUGUUGCAUGGCCCAUCUUCCACCCCCUGUUCCACGUGUGUCACUGCGGUGACUCUGCCCUUUGACCCCGCAUGAGCCCCUUCAGCCUCAGCAGCAGAAAGCAGACCCAAGGAAACAUCCAGUUGUGGUGUGCCGUUUUGGUGAGCUGCAGCGGGUUGGUGUGCUGCUGGGUGAACGCUGGAGAACCCCAGCACUGAGGUGGGUUUGUGCAGCCAUGGAGCCACGGUUUGACCGGAGAAAUGCUUGGAGAUAGGUGGCUGUUGGUGGCACUUUUCCCAGAAUACAUGGCAGCUAGGUUUGGGGAUUCUUUGUUCUCGUUGUUCUCUAAUGGCUGAGGAGAUGCUCAUCAUACAUUGAUUUCUGCAUUGAGAAGAGGCUAGAAAAAAUUCAGUGGAUAGAGGGUCAGAAAACCACUAAUCCCCUCAUGUGAAGUUCCAGAGGGAGCUCAGCUGUGCAGAGCUGCAGCACAAAGAGUGAAAGCAGAACUUAAAAUGUAGGAACAUGAAAUUAGAGGUGAAGCGCAAAGUGUCUGAGGGGAAAAGGAGUGCACAAAACAGGAGGAAAGGAUGGAGAGCAGCUUAAAGCACAGUUGGCUUUUAAGCACUGUAUUCCUUCCUCCUUAUCUGACUGCUCAUUUACAGUACAAAACAUGGAGGAAGAAAUACUUUCUGAAGGUCCUUUGAAACGCAGUAGGCAUUAGGCAGCACAGUGGGUGCUCCAAACAUGGUUUCUCAAAGCAUUUUUUAAAACAAAUAUUUGGUGAUCACUGAAAUUACAGGUUUUUUUUUGUUUGCUUUUUUUUUUUUUCAGUACCAAAGGGGAGCCAUUGAGAACUCUUAAUGCUUUGUCAGAAAUUAUUACACUGGUCACUCUUGACGUUUUUAUUUUUCUUUUAACGUCCUGCUAAACCCUCCUGGUUUCUUUGGCAGAAGAAAAGGCAAGGUAGCCACUGUAAACACAGCGGGAAGCAGCCAAAGCAGCAAUACGUUUUCUCUAAAUAGAAAAGUCUCCCUGCUUUACUCAGCUUGCUGUGUUGGUUGGGCAUCUACCUGGGGGUGUGGAGGUGAUGUCUCCCUUCUCUUGGGGGCACGAUGGGGAUGGCCCAGCAGACUCUGACCACGAGAUGAUGGCUCCUUAAUAGGAGCGGGCAGCGGGUGAUAGUUUUGCCUGUUGUAUUGCUUGGCUAGGAAGAGUUUUGAUUUUCUCUAGAGCUCAGGAUGGGGUGACAGCAUCGGAUUUCCAUAUUGGAUAUUGUCCUUUGAAAGAGAAAGACCAGAAGUGUUUUGUUUGGGGGGAAGCUUAGACCUCGAGGAAAGAAGUGAAGCAGCACAGCGCUCAGGAGCUGGCAGGCUCUGCGGUGCUCUGCGCUGUGAUCUUCCACUGACCCCCGUCACGGCCCUGCCUGCAGCCAUGCUGAUGUUUUCUGCAUGUAAAACAUUCUCUCCUCCACUCGUGGAGUUGCUGGGACAGCCUUCUGUCCGAACGGGGUGUCUGUGGGUUUGCUCCGAAGCUUCUGCUGCACGUGUGGGAUGUCGAGUCACGUUUGAAAAGGAAACUUUGAUAUUUCAUGUUAAUCUCAGCCAUCCCUGCUUAUAGCUUUCAGUCCGCAAGGCAAUGCAUAGCGUACUUGAAUUGUUAAAAUGUGAAUAAAGUUGUUUUCAGUCUUUCUCUUCAGCUAAGCUAAAAUCCCGUUUUCUUCCCUUCUGCGCCCCGCUGCUCGCUGAGCAUCAGCAGUUGGAGCAGCCGGACCCCUCCGGACGAGCACCUCUCCUUGCUGGUUUGGCUUCACUUUGUUCUGCUCUGGGCCAAUUUCUAACCUGAGGAAAGCCUUGGGACCCAGGAGCAUGGGAAAGGGGAAUAUGUGAAUUCAAGCAUGCUGAAAGGAUGGGGAGCGUUUCUUGUAACAGCUUUUGGCUUGUUCCCCAUCCAUGUGUUCAGCCUGUUUUCCAAGCAUCCAGAAAUCCAUCCUCUUCCCUGACGUACUGCUGCUCAGAGGCAGCAGCAGACCCGUGAGCCUGUUCCCAGGGAACUGCUGCAAUGGGAUUUAUUGGAAGGAAUCACAUGUGGUAUUGCACAUGUUGGUUAUUUUUGUUUCCCUCCUCCUCCUUGAUAUGCAAUUGUUGCUUCUCACCCCGGUCCCCCCCUGUAAUUGUUGGCUCCCUCCCUCCCCCAGCCAAGGAGAUGAGAGGAGAGGUUAUUUUUGCUAAUGCUGCUUCUCAAAUAGGCCACGAGCAUACAGUAAGUAGCGCAGGAACUUUCUCCAUGGGAAACCAUCAGUUAUUAGGAUUUCUCAAGCUGUGUCCCAGUGGCAGUGCAACAUGUUUCUGGAGCUCUGUGCCGUGGUUGUCACUGCUGUCAGCUCCUCCCAGUCCCCACUUCCUUGUAACCCAAUCUGAGGGCAGAUCAUGGGAUUCGAGCACGCCUUGCUUUUCCCCGGUGCUGUGAAUGUUUGGGUUGUCUGUGUAUUCUUCCCAGAGUAAACUGCAUGCCGUGAUCCUCUUUUUUUUUUUGGCUUUGCCUGUUCCAAAAAGCAGUUGACAGUUGUUAAAAUCAGUUCUGGGCCAGGCACGAUUUGAUGCAAUUAAACUGUGUUAAAUGCGUUCCAGAACUGUUUCUUGGCCUAGAUAGCAAACUAGUUAAACUCUGGCUUUGGAAUCUAUUUCUGUAUGGUUUGACCCUGUACCCCUAGGUAAGCUCUCUACUUUUUUAGAUCUCAGAUACACACAGGGUCUGCUGUCUUCAAACCCAUGGCCCUCCCAUGUCUCCGUGGGCUUUUUCAUUACUCUCAGCUCAUCUCAGCCUUGUCUCGAGAACCAUGCACUGUGGUGAUCUCAUUCCACCACCCGUAAGGACUGAAUGCGUUGCAGUGAGAGGAUUUUCCCUGGCAUCAGCUGGACUGGUACAAACCCCACUGUAUAGCUGCUCAGUGUAUCGUAGUGCAGAGGCAGGCUGUGAGGUUGAGGCUUUUGUGAAGGUUUGCCAUUUUAAUUAAAGAAGAAGGUAAGCCAGGCCUUGACAAAAUCUCACCCUGGCGUCUAGAAGUGCAUAUCAGCAUUGGGAAGGAAAUAAUGAUGUGUUUCAGAGGCAGUGCCUUACUGAGAACGCCAGGCUCCUUUUCCCUUAUAGGUUAAUUGCCGUAUAGGCAAACCUUGAACUCUUACCUGAGUUUUUGGCUUAAUUUUCCUUCUUCCCAUUCCACACAAACCCCCCUCUAACUCAUGCUUUGAAGUAUUUAAAACUAGGUUGGUCUCUGGCUGGAGGUGCGUGGUAGAACCUCAUGUUAAUUCUUGCUGGGACCUGCCUGUUUUGCAGCAAGAAUGCAGGCAAGCCCAUCUGAAUGCUGAUCACCCGUCCUUGGUGGAGAAUGGGAGAUUGUUUUUCCUCCAGUGAGCACAACACACGGGCAGGUGAAGCUGAGAGCAUCACCAUUCCAGAAGCCAUGUUGGCUACCCAGGGGUGGGCAGGAGGUGGGAAAGGUUUGUGAGGAUGCUGGGCUCAGCUGGUGUGCAUGGUGGUCACCGGAGAUAUUUCCCUCUCCCAGUAUGAGGAGAUGUCGCUACAAGCUGCUGGCUGAGGCAUGAACCAGGCUCCUGCUGGAUCAGCUCCUUUGCUGAAGGCCUAUGAGCAGUGCUGGGCUCACCAGUCCUCAGAAUCCCACUUUCUUGUUGGUUGGAAAGAUGGAGCUCAGGGUCUCAAAAGCUAAAAUGACCUGGAUUCAAGAAAAGUUCGCUGUGUUUGCUUUUUGUCAUGCAUAAAAUCAGUUGUGGAAAAAGCAAGACCUCAUCCUUACUGCUACUUUUGUUUUCAUUGCAAUACACAUGUUUUAAAUUUGUUUGCAAAGCCAAGAUUGGACAAAGGAUGUGUUCCCGAUUUGACAAUAACAAGCAGAGCGCUUGGGAUACUGGGCUAACAUGAAAAUAGUUCAUUUAUAAAGAGCAUGGCUUGUGCUCACUGCGUUGCAAAUAGAAGGUCAUAAGGAAUGUUUAAGUAAUUAUUUGUAGUUGAUUAGAAAAGAACUGGCGUUCAGGUUUUGGUACACACAUCCAUGCAUUUUUUUAAAUAUUUUGGUAAAACCCCUAGAUUUUUCCAGAUCCAGGCAGUUGUCUCUUCUUCUCAAAUAGCCCCAAUCUCCUAAAAUAACGUGUGAAUUGGUGUUUCCAAGCAUUUCGGGUGCUGCGUUUUCCCCUAUUGCAGGGACUGUGGGCAGUGCAGGCAGCCCAGCACCAGGGUGCAGCUCUCAGAGCCCUCCCUCUGCGCUCCCUGCUAUUGAAAACUGAUAACUGUAGUGACUAUAAAUUGAGAUAAUCACAACGCGUUUUGUCAGUAUUACAAAUAUUGUUAUGUUUAAAUAGAAAUAGAUAUCAUUAAUAUUAAUAUCACGAGAAAUGAAAUAUUAAUACACAAAUAGAAAUUAAAGUAACCUGUAAUACAGCAGGAUUGUCUUAAAUGUGUGAUGCUUUUAUACUUUCCUCUGAGCUGACAGCUUGAUAAUAGUAAUUCCCAGUUCUUAAUUUCAUCCCUAAAUCUCAAGGAAUUUGAAACAGGUGAUGAAUGCCUAUUUAUUUUUCACGUUUCUAAGGUGAGGUGCAGAAGUGCAGGUGGAGGAAGGAGUGAAUGCCCAGCACUGCCAUGGCAGGGGCAGCACCUGAGUGGAAGUACUCUGCUGUGGAUGUAGCUGCAAAACUGGACAUCCUUGUGGGGAUCUGCAGAGGCAGAGUGCAUCCCUACAUCCUGUUAGUGCAGUCCCUACCACAGCUGAAUCUCAGAUCUUCUUAAGGGUCUGGCUGUUGUGUAAUGCACAUACUGAUGUUUGCUUUAAGGAGCUGAAAGCGUUCCCACCUGAUGCACUGGGAAGAAGGAAGAGCUGUGAGCCCUGUAGCUGUCAGCAUGCUGUGCCGUGCAAACAUUGGAGGUGUUCAAGACUCAUGGAGAUGUGGCAUUUAGGGACACAGUCAGUGGGCAUGGUGGGGCUGGGUUGGGCUUGGACUUGGAGAUCUGAGAGGUCUUCUCCAACCUGAAUGAUUCUGUGAUUGCAAAAUCUACCUACCAGUUUACAUGGGUGUUGGAGAAACAAAGAUGAUACGGAGCAGCCUGAGUGGAAGGAGCGUAUCGUGUGAGUUAUGAUUCUGCUUGUCUGCUCGUUUUCUGGUUUGGAGGCACUGAGCACCUGCUGAUUUAGGGGUUUUCGCUUUGUGAUUUCAUGCCUGUGAUUAGCAUUUCUAAGUACGUGACACAUAAGGCCUCACCGCUAAAGUAUGUUCUGCAAAUACAUAACCAGAAUUACAGUGAUGGUCAUUGUCAGUCUGUCCUGACUAGUUUGAGGGUAACCCAGCAGGAUGCAGCAUGCUUUGUUGGGUCCAUGUGAUACAACAGACCUGAACUGUCUGAGUUAAGUCCCAUGAAUGGAGCUGCCACCUCCUUUUGGUGCUUCCUUAAUGGCAGCUGUUUGUCUCUUUUUCUUUUUAAUUACUGGGGCAAGACAUUGAGGUAUUUCAGUGGUAUUCCAGUGCCUUCCCAUUUUACUAUCAAACCCUCCAGAAAAUUUCAGCUGCUUGACAGAAAUCUGUGAUUGCAUUUUGUCCCAUUUUGCCAGGAUAUCUCAAGGUAGGAGAUGAACAGUGGUAAUAGGACUUGGGAGAUGUAGGGGGAUGUGAAUGCUCUGAUGUGACGGUGCCCUUAAAAAGGCUUUUUCUGGACAAGAUCUCAGAGCAAUACCUGGUUAGUUGGUGCUGCCACUGCAGCGUUGUGUCCCUAGGUUAAUAGGAAGGCCAUGUUUGUUUGGCUGUUUUGAGAAACUAUUAAUAUUCUGUCUGAAUCGAGCAGGCUCUAAUACUGAUUAGCUUGUGCAUAAGGUGGAGAUGGCAAUCUCAUUAAUUUUGUAUUUAAUUACCAAAAAGUCAAAGCAAAGAGCUUUGGAAUGAUUUGUAACCAUCGUGCUGUUCGGUGGCUAUCAGUGAAGCUGUGGUAUCACCAGGUGUUUAAUACACCUUCCCCUUCUCUAAUUCUCCUGUUUCUUUUUGCCUUGCUGUUUUUCACGUGUGUUUUGUUGUUUAAAAUUAAGUCCUAAAUAGGAGCAAGGAAAAUGGAGGUGCAGCAUCAAGUCAGGUGUCUCAAAUCUCUGGGCAGCUUCCUGCAGGUUUUCUUCCAAGAUUUUCUCUUCCAAGAUACCUCUCACUGAAGUCUGUUAUUUCUGAGCUCAGUGGCGGUGUCGAUCUGCUGAGUUCAGGUGUUACUUGAAGAAUAAAUCUGCUUGUGACGUGGGCAGCUGGUUUGUGUGCUUCUAACAUGGGCUCUCCUGAGCCUUAAUAGAUACAGACAAGGUAUGAGUGACUCUCACUGCAGGAAACGUGGGCUUCCAUCUGCAGAUGUGGCUUUCUGCAUGCAUGCACAUCUCGAAGUUCCUCUGUCUCUGGUGCAGUGUGCUGUACUUGCUCUGCAUGGAAGGUGUUCUGUAGAACAUUUAUCUCACAGGGAAAAUAUAAUUUUGUAAAGCCUUUCAGUAGCAGUGGUUCCAAAUUGGCAGUGACUUAGGUGUGCUUUGCUUUGCUUUGUUCCAUUGCAGUAGAAGCCACUUGCCUACAUAACUUGAAAACAAGAAUAAAACGAGCAUUAAACAAGGUGGUGCUCAAGGUGUCCGUGUGGGCCAACAGUAACCUCUUAACUUUAAUCUUCCUGGCCUGGCAAGCAUUGGGAUCAUCACCUUCUCCUGCUUGGAACUGCUCUCCUGGGCCACAUUUCCAAGGGAGGAUUCUCUUAGCCAUGGGCAUGUUGAGUUUGAAUUAUCUGAGUGCUACCAGUCGGGAGUUGAAGAUUGCAUCUCAUCUGCCUGAGAGCUCCUCGCUCCCGUGGGGGCUUUGCUUUUUGUGUGUGUGUGAUGUCAUCAUUCUGCGAGGUCUGCGCUUCGGCAUCCUCCAGGAACACAAAACCGGGGGACGAGACCAGAAUUUCAAAUGCAAAAAACAAGCAGAUCUGAUUCUUCCUCCCCUCCCUCCCCCUUUUUCUUUGAAAGGAGCUCUCAGGCUGACUUCUUACAGCAGGAAUUGGUUUAACAGAAUAAAAGGGUGUGAGAGAAGCACAGUUAUUUCUUUUCUCUUCUUGAGUUCUUCUCUUCCUGCUGUGUGUGCUUAGGUAGUAAAGGAUGUGAUGCACAUUAUGUGCCAGAUGCAAAUGUAUUUCUAUUUUAUAAAUAUCUUGGUCCCCCUUGCCUGGGGGAUCUGCUAUCUUUUAGUGUAACCUUUCUGUGUUUCCACUGUUUUGCAGACAUCCACAUAAGACCUGCAUAGCUACUUGUGCACUGGUUGUGCACCCAGCAGCCCCUACAUCGGGUGUUCAUAUAAAUGUCGGUGGCGCUGACAUCUUUCCUCCAGGACUGCAGGGUCAGAGGAGCAGCCAAACCCAAGGGCAGGGCUGAUAGAACCGUGCUGGUUCUGUUCUGGCCUGUGGAAUUCAGUGUAAGAGCUGCCUUCCGUGUGGUUGGUUGGCUGCACUCAGCAGCGUGGCCCAGGUAGAUACCGACAGGUUUGUUGUUCUUCAGGCUAGAGCUCUGGGUAUUCCCUCAGUCACAGUGACUUUGCAGAAUAAUCUGCAGAUGGAGUGAUUUUAGGUAAUUGGAGGCCAUGAGCUCUGAACGUGGGUCCUUAGAGGGUAGGUUGGUGGUCUCCAAGAAGAUGUCCGGAUGCAGUAAGAUUGUGGGCUGCGGCACUGCUGGAGCUGGAACUCCUUGUCCUGUUGCCUUCAAGAACCUUGACUGGUGCUUGGGUGCUCUUUAUAGCUUCAUCCCAAAAGUAAAAGCUGUUCUCUGGCAUGGUGUGUUGAGUGCUCAGUAACUCCCUGUCCAGCUGGGCUGCAGGGCUGACCUGCAUGCGUGAUGAGGGAGCAGCCCUGGCUUUCUGUGUCAGUUCUUGGGUAUCGGGGGGUUGUCCUACUUUCCCUCCUCAAAAUACAGGAUCCUUAGAAGUUGUAGAAUGGACACCUGACUUUCCCUUUGUUUAUUAGCCAACAGGAGCAGUCAGCAAAUAGAUCAUCCUUUUCAUAAAGGAAACGUUGCUUGAAACUUAACUGUGGUUUUCUUUCUUAUUUGUCUGUUCCUACUGACAAACAAAAGCCAUAAUCCAUUAUUCCAAACUGCUGAAAAAGAGGCUUCAAAAUGCCAGGUAUGAAAUUACGCCUCCCGUUCAGGUACCGGUAGGAAACGGCGCGUGAGAUGUUUUAGAACCCACAAAGAAGAAAGUUCUUUGUAUGUGUGAAUUUAGUAUUCACAAAAGGUGUCAGAUUGACAGCCUGGGAGGCUGUGGAGAUUGGAAUGUUAUUUAUCCCUACAGAGUAGGUGCAGUGCAGCCUGCAAUGGUGCAGGAGUUGUGUGCAUUAUUCUGCUGUCGCACCCUACUGGUGCCCUUCGUAGGCAGCCUCUAGGGGCAAGGAACACUUUCUCUGUGCCUGUUUAGAGCUGUGUGCUUGGAUGAAACUGUCAGAAGGAUGUGAGGGUUUUUGGCUUUGGUUGUUCUUUUUUGUGAUGAGGGUGCUUGUCUCCUGAGACCCAAAGAGGUGGGAAAGGAAUUUGAUAAUGUCUACUUUGGAGCUGCUCCUGCUGCACAGACAGCCCUCAGCCACCGUGUUCUCUGGCUGUGUGCAGACUGCUGGUGUCAGGUCAGAAGCUGCUAGCCAUCCUAGUUCUGCUGUGGCACAAAAUUGGGUAAAUAGUGCCAUUCCUUAAUGUAACAAGCUGGGCACUGGGUGAAACUUGGAGGAAAAAAAAGAGAAAGUGAAAAACCCCAGAACAAAAACCCAGGCUCUGAUCAUUUAACAGUUGGCUUAAGAGCCAGCGUCAGACCUUUCUGUUCUUGCUGUGAGCUUCUGUGGUCUUAGGUCGCCUCUUAUUCAUAUACUUUACAUCUUGUCUCUAAGCUGAGAGCGUUUGUUGCAACUCUACUAAGUGCUCAACAAAUAUCUUCAGUGAAAGUCUAAGUCUGACGUUUUGCCAGUUAAAUAAUAGCUUAGAUGAGCACAUUUUUCCAGACCCACUGUAGGCCGUGAUGAAUGCCCGUGAACCUGUGACUGGAGAUCCCAUAGGUGUGGCCUGCAUUGCAUUGACAUGGUUGAUGUUAGUCAUGCAAAGCUGUCUUCCUCAUUCUGCAGACUGGGGAGCAGUAGGUCUGAGUUGUAAUCAGCUUUCUUCAAGCCGUGUUGACAGUGUUUGGAUACCAUAGACUGACAAUGAAUCAGCUUCAGAAUGAGUUGUCUUUAUUUCAGAGAUAUGACUUUAUUUUACUUUUAACCAUCAGAACAAAAGCAGGUAGUGAAUACAAAGGAAAAACAACAAAACCAAAACCCAACAAAACCAAACCACAGCAGAUGCUGUCUUUUUGAAAGUGUCCAACAACCCUCAGCAAGAUCUGUCCCGCUGCUCGUGUGGGGCUGUUCCAUGGCUGUCCUUGCUCUCUGCUGCGUUACUACUUCUGUAUCUCAACAGAGCCAGACCACUAUGGUGUGUAUUUGCAGGCAACCCCAAGGAAACCCUUCAGACUAUGCAUUUUAAUCCCACUCAAGCUGCACAACGUGGUUGUAGCUCUGGGCAGCAGCACUUCUAUUAUCAUCAGCCUCCAUGUGCAAUGGCAUGCUUGUGUCCUAGGUAGCAUGGUCUGGCUUUGCUGAAGUCACUUACUGCCUUUGGAUCUAAGGCUCUUCAUGAGAGCCACUGCUGCCAGCCAGCAAAGUGCAGGCUUCCAGCUCAAUGCCCACCUGCAGUGAGUGCUUAUGGAGGAGCAUAAGAUUAUUUUAAUUGGCUUUUUCUUUGCAAUACCAUUGCUUUACUGCAUCUCUCAAAGGUCAGUGUCAGAAAAGUCACUUGCUGGUAGCUCCCUCCUCAUGCAAAAGCCAAGGCCAGAGUCCUUGAAUCAGGUAGGACAACAACCUUGCUUUCAGAAAGCCUAAGGGAGAGCAGGCUCCACCAUAUCUCAAUUAACCUCUUCUUUAAAGGCGCAUGAAAAUGUCUCAUCCAUCGACUGAAGCAAUCAAAUUAUUGUUCCCCUCAGCUGAAGAGUAGAGGUGGAGGUGGUCGCUGGUAUAUUUUUUUCAUUCAUUUGCUUUUGUGAAUGAUCACUGAGAACAGCUGGAUUAAGCAGCCUUGUGUGUGACACACAAAGAACCUGUGAAAUAUAAAAUGUACUAUUGGAUCUGUGCUUUUGGAAUAGGCCAAUUCCUGAUUACAUCUUUCUGUCAAAUUUAGGAUGGAUGUGUUUUUACUGUAGCUGAAAUUACCUUUUCAGCCUUAAAAUACUUUAAUGCUUACUAGGUACAUUCAAGCAGCUCGAGUACUUCAGUCUAGAAGAAAGUGCAGUAUUUCUUGCUUGGGAGCAGUGGAAUUGGUAUAUAGCAGAAAUGUUUCUGAAGAUGCUUUCAGUCAGAGUCAACCCACAUAGAAUGGACCUUGGGCAGGAGACCCUGCUUUGUGCACAUUGCUUUUGUGUUGUUCCAAGUAUGUCCUUCAGGUGCAAACGUUCACCUACCUCCUCCAUGCUUCUAUCAGGACAACCUGGGGAAAAGAUGGACCCAUUUACCUUCUGUGUGCGCGGUGACCAAACCUGUCUACCUAUGGAGAGGCAGCUAGGAGGCAGGGAACCUAAGUCCACAAUGUGAUGGAUGUUUUAGUAAACCAGUGAAGAUAGCUCUUGUGUGUUCACUGGGUGCACUCUGCUGAAAGCAAUUCCACUUCUCAGUUCUACAGUGCCUGCAGGUGGUGGUAUCGAAGGAACCUGUAGCGCUCGAGCAGUCCAUCCGUGCAUCAUCCCCCUUGUGAUAUAUAGACAUCACAGUGAUGUAGGCUGAUUGUCACAGGUUGGCUUGCUUUGUGUAAGUUUGUGAAACCAAAGAAAGGAGAGGUUGAGGCUGAUGGAGAGCUGGAGGUGUGCAGCUGAGGGGAGGAAGGCAGCGAGCAGCAAUGGGUUGGCAGGGAGCUGACAGGAUGAGUUCUGACACUUUCUAAUUUUGGAGUGCUUGCCUUUGUAACCUUCAUAAUUUUGUUCUAAUACACUAGAUACAAAAAUCACGUUGUACGUUCUGAGGAAUUUGGUUACUAUGGUAAUGGGUCUAUAAGUACAUAGGAGAUAAGAUGUCAGCAAUCAGAACAGCUGUAAUUUAGCACACAGGCCUGCGAUUGCCUGGAUUGGGGAAGCAGGCCGCUACAAACUUCAGCUUCAAUCUCCUGCUUUACUGCCAGAAUGCCUGAUCCUGUGUGAAAGUGACGUCAGAGCUUCUACAAUAAAUCUUUCAGUUUUAUGGAAUUUCAGCAGACAUGCCCGAAAUUUCUGGGUAAACAGAGCACAUACCUCCCUCUGUGCCAGGGGAGGGAGGUCUCUGCUUUCCCACCCAGCCUCCGGGUGCACCGCCAGCAUUUCUCAGGCCUGGGGAUGGAGAGGUUACAAGGGGGGACUGUCCUCGCCAGGACAAAGCUGGCAGGCUCACUCGGAAGGACGGAAUGAGCCGGAGGAUUUGCAGUAAUGGGAACAUGGAUGGGACCAUACGAAGCGUGUGGCUGUGCAGUAACAACAGAGAUCCUGCAUGAAGCUGUGGUUUGUUAGGGAGGGGAGGAUAUGAACAACUUGGGUAUAUCCGUUGAUAACAUGGUGACUGUGGGACUGAGUGAGGCACAGCACAGCUCUGCGCUCGUCCCUCAGGGUGAAAAAGGGAAGAGAACUGUUGAAACUUUUGAAGGCGGCGCAGCAAAAGGAGUAAAGUGUGAACUGACAAAUGAUAAAUGCAAACUGUACAUCAGUCUUAAUCAGUUCUUAAAUUGGCUCCUAAUCCAAACAGGAUGGGGUUCUGGAGCAGCCAUGUAGUCAGAGUGGUGGCUUUAAGAAGCCCUCAGGGAGCUGGCCAUCAUUUGAUGCCUGGAUUCUAUCAUAUAUCUGCUUAAAGCAGUAGGUACAGGACUUAGCAGGACCUUCAGUGCUGUGAGCAUAACUGUCCAAUUGAGACGUAUCCAGCAGCUGAACCACUGCUGCCUGAGUUGUUGUGUGGAUUAGUUGAAAUAAGCAUACUCAAAAGAGUGUGCUUGUUAUCUUAACACACAUUAAAACCUCUUGUUGUUGUAAGUAGAAGGCAUAGAUGGAAGCAGUGUAGGCCUUGCAGGAGCAACAUUUCCUCUGCUAGGUAAAAUAGUGAGAAAGAUCUUCUUUGCUGUUGUUUUAUUUUGGUUUUUUGUGUGUGUGUGUGUGCUUGGGCUAAUCCUCUUGCUGUGUGCUAUUUAAAAAGUUUUUCUGCUCAGUCAUGUGAGGACAGGAAGAAUAAAUACUUAGCUUGAGCUGGAGUAAAACAGGACCAAUCGCUGUCCCUUUGGGGAAUUCCGACAGGAAAGGAGGUGCUCAUGGGAUGAAAUCAUGGCUCAGUGAAGGUACUCCACUUAUGGGAGCAGAGAACCCAGCAGAACAAAGUGUGCUGCAGCAGAAGACUUUCAAUGAUUCUGGUGCUGAAAUAAGCUGUUUUUUUGGACCUGCUUUGAGUUACAAACCAAAAUAAGAGGCUUACAUACGUGUAUGUAUAUCCCUUCUACACGUGUCCUGUGCUAAACAAAAUGGACCCUUCUCAUAACAAGGUGUGCUUUGAUGAACUGAUGCUUGCCUGGCCCUGGAAGGACAGCGCUGUGGAUGUGCUGUGUUGUGCAUGGUCCUGGCAGUGGGUCACGUCUCCAUCAGAGGUGCCAGAGGCAUUCCCAGAGCCCCACCUGGCCGAGCUGAGGAUGUUCUUCCUCCGGGAAACGUGCAGUCUAACAGCAGUGUGUGCGCCUCUUGGAUGCCGCAUCUCUGGAGUAAUUUCUGCAGGUUAGUUUUGCUCUUACAGCUUAGAUGGUUCAUCCCUUUUCUGUUAUAUGUGUAUUUGGCUCAUACAUUUUAUGGGCUGUUCCCUUGUUCUUGAAGUCUGAGCACUUCCCAUGGCUUGCUUAUGUAUCCCUUUCAACUCUUGCACCUUUUCUCUUGCAGUUUAGUUUGUCUUCUCGGACAUUUACGACUUCUUCUAAGCCUUGUACUGUGCUUUCAUUUUGCUGCUGGUGGAUGUGAGUGGAGAGCGAUAGUCAGGAGCAGACUGGUAGAGAUUUCCUUAAUGUUUCUUGAGAAAUUCUGUGUUAUAUUUCCAACUGAUUCUCUAUUUCUGUUUUUAAUUUGACAUCAUCUUCAUGUAACUUAUUUCCAUUGAACUGUCUGCCCAAGGCUCAUCUCACGUGAGUUAGGUUUAGUUUAGGAGUAGGGGUGGGGUUGACCGCUCAUUAAUUUUGAACUUUCAUCUCCUGUUUUGGUUCUCAUUCACAUUCUUUAAGGAUCCUGUGUCAUUUUUGGUACUGCCUACCCAACCCAUGCACAAUUUAGGUGUUUUUGUUUUCCUAUUGGUCUGAAAGCCUUCAUACUGCUUCCUUUCAGGCCUCCUUUCUGAAACAGUGCGAUACUGCUACUUUUUAAUUACUUCUUUUCUCGAGGGUAAUUACCUAUAUUGUGGGUUUUAGUAGUCUAAGGUCAUCUGUCCUGAGCCCAAAACAGCUGUUUUGCUUCCAUUUGCUACAUUUCUCAUUCUGGGGUGGAAUUAGUUAGUGGUCAAGGAACGUUUUCUUUAAAUUCUGGACCCAUGGGGACAUCUGUGCUGUGAUGGGCAGCUGGAAUUUCCCAGGACUUGGCCCCUGGACUCAGUGGGCUCCCAUCGGCUGCCUUUCUCCUGACCACUGUGCAUGCCCUGCACUGGGACUGCAGGCAACGCAGCAUCAGAGAGGCACAGAGCUGUCAGCAGCGUUAGGGUGGUGAUGCUCCGCGGAGUGCAGGAAAAUAGUUGGCAGCCACUCUGAACCUAAUGAAUUGCUAAAGAAGGCGGGCAGAAGAUUUCAUUUUUUCCAGUUGUCUUCCUCAUAGCUUUGCUAGCCUAAGGAACUACUAAAUUUAGAGCUGACCUUCAUAAUAAAUAUACCAGAACUAUCACAAGCAAAGCGAUUCGGAGGUAGUAGUGCUGGGGAUGUCAGUAUGGUUGGCGCUUCCUGAACAUUCAUGAGGAAUGAACGCAGGCUGUUCUGCAGGUUCAACUUCUGAUCCAAUUGGAUGUUUUGUUUUAAUAAAGGGAAAAAAAAAACAAGCCAACGGGCUGCUUUUUGGCAUCAACAUCUCUUUCAGUUGCACCAGUCAGUGUUAUUUAAGUGGUAAGAUCUGUGGUGGAUUUGGCAUUUCUCAGGUGAGUUGCAAAAAUUACCAAUUAUCAAAAGUAAUAUUUUCAGAUUAUUGGUAGUGUUAGGUGUAGUCAUGUUUGUUUGUAACUGGUGCGUGUAACUGUUGUGAACAUGGGUAUAGUUUCUACAGAGUAUCUGUCUUUAGCACAGGAACAGACUUGCCUUGUUGGUUAUCUUUACUACUACUUAGAAACAGUGAGAAAUACGGAGCGCAGAACAGAAUGGAAAGCACAGGAUAACUGGUGCUUCCAUGACCGCCAUUGGCUUUACUGCUGGUGCAGAGCAUCGCAACACUUACACCCAACCCAGAAGCACAGAUCCUGAGCUAUGGGGAACUUUGCUGCCUGACCCUCUUGCUGGUGACGUUCCUGGAAAGUGAACACGCAGGCAGCACAGCUCAGUGAGUGUGCUGGGUAAGUGAUUCAGGGAGCUGGUGAUGGACAUUUUAGUGUCAGAAUCUUGAGAGGAAAUCAAAGUAAGCCACACAGUGUACAAGAGCACGGAUAAGAGAAAUGCAAGCAGUAUUCUAAGAUAAAAGUGUCUUCCUGAGGCUAUUCUGCGAGGAAGUAUAACACAAGGAAAAAAAUACAGGUGGUGAAGCAGAGAAGGAAAGAAACAAAUCUACAAAGAGUUUUUUCCAGGAGAGAACCGUUCCUCAAAAACCUUUUUUCAAGUCGAGAAAGGAAUCUUACUGGAAUGCCAGGAUUGCUUUGUUGGAGGAAGAAACGUUUAUCAUGUUGGGGAAGAAAAGCCUGUUUGAACAAAAAGCCAUCACAACUCGGCACGAUAUCCAGGUACAAAUUCUUCUCAUCCCUGUAACCUCUUCCUUCUGCAAGUACAUAUGGAAGAGAAUGUGAAAGAUAUAAAGGGAACAGCAUUUCAUGAUGGUUCUUUGCUGUAAACUUCUGCUGCAGAGGAGGAGCUCUGCUCCUUUUCCAUCAGCAGUGCUUUUGUUGCAUGGGUGCACGUGGGGCUGUAGGGCUUCACAAAGUGCUCGGUGCUGUUAUACUGCAAACGAUGGAAGUGUUGGGAUGGUUGUGGGACCUCUCCUACCUCAGCCUUUGGCAGCAGGAGGGGUUUGUGGCACUGAGACUGACACUCUCAUCUUUCCCUUUCCCCCUUUCCCUUUUUUCAGCAUAUUAAAUAUUUCCCUAACUGUCUUUGGAAGAAUUCAUUUGGAAGAAUCCAUUCACCUGCACCUCUGUUUUCCUUAAUGACACAUAGUGUGGAGAGCAAGUGUACCAAAAAGAGCAAUUUUAAGAUGAUGAAGAGAAAGGCAAGUUUGUGACUGAGUCAGCAUAGUGCGUCUGAGCUGGAGCUCGCUGCUGAGGGGCAGAAUGGGACACUGAGGAAGAUGCUCUCAGUGCCUCCUGCCCCUCUUACAGGGCACAGGAGGAGCAAAAUGCUGCUUACUGCAUCUCCAAGUUUUUCUUGUUUCAUUUCUGGAAUGGUUUUUUUCCUUCUAAUUACUGCUCCAGGAAGAUCUCCAGAUUGCAGAACUAGAAGUAUGUAGUUAGCUUGGUGGGAGAGGCUUACCCAAGUGCGCAAGCAGUCUGUGGUGUGUGGUUUCACAUGGAUCCAGUGACCAAAAUCACAGCCCGUUCUGUGGGCUGGGAGAUGUGAUGGACUUCCCACUGUGAGACUUACUGAGAAUGUGAUGCUUUUGAUACCAGGUGGACCAGAGCUCAUGUUGAGAGAUGUUCUAAGGAAUGUCCACAGCAACGUGAAGGGUAAUUUUUUUCUCUCAGACGCUGCAUAUGCCAUUCAUCACAUUGCCUUUUUUAAUCUUACAGGUUGCUAUUUUGCAUCUACUAAAAGAAAAAGAGGUGUGAUUUGUCUGUGACUUUAAAAAAAUAUAAAGUACUGGGCUUGUAGGUAAAGCCUUCACCGCUAUUCUGAAAACGAACAGAAAUCUUUAAGUCAAAGUUAGGCAGCCUUACCAUCUAACUCUUGCUUUGCACAUAACUGUAAGCAGAAGAAAAAACCUUUAGUUGGUUCUUUCAGUAGUUCUGGUUCACCAUAUUUGUGAUGGUGGUGGAAAUUUUUGGUGUCAGCUGGAAGCCCUUCAGGAAGAUUUUAAUGGUGUGUUGAGGGGAUAAUUCAAUCUGAGCCUCAUACACUCCCAGAGCCUGACCCGUAUGUAAGUGGGAGGAAAUCCCUCUUCCCUCUUCCAACAGUUGCAUGGUGACACUUGUUCCCAUCUAUUUGAUGCAAGAGCAAGGGAAAAGGGUGCAAGGAGAGGAAAUUACUCUGAAAUUUAGCAACUCUUUGCACUGCAUUCAGUGCUUAAAGGAUAAGUGCAUUUAUAUCGAAAUACCAGUUCCCAAAUGGCGGUAAUGGUGGUUUGUGUUUUGUGGUUGUCAUUUGCUCUCCCCAUCCCCCGGCUCUGGGUUGGGUAAGAGGAAUUUCCAGGCCCGGUGUUUGUCUGUGUUGGAUAUUCACUGUGUUGUCUUCACCUGAAGGUGACAGGGCGCUGGGCUCCUGCAUAGACCUUAAGUGUGCUGUACAUUUUAGCAGGGAGAAACAUCUGCUGUACCUACAUUUGAUACUGAAGAUAAGUUUUUCUAAGUUUUUCCUGCAUUAAGCGUAUCGUUUGGCAGACAACUACGAUGUGAAGCAAGAUGUACAUUUCAGACGGCAAAUAAUAAUUUGUUUGUAAUUCUGUAAUGGAGGGCGGCAUUCCCGUUGGCCCUAUGAGCCAUUGCAUGGGUCCUUGUGGCUUGCCUUCUUGUACCCAGUGAAAUCCAAGGAUAGGCAGGGUGGUGGGCAGCUUCACAGUGCAUACAUCUGUGCAAGGCUUCCAUUUUGUGCUCCUGAGAUGGCUCUCUAAUAUCCCUGCUUCCAGAAGCUGACGGAUGUUGAAUAUGUUGACUCUCUGAGACUUCAUUUGUAUGGACAGCACGUGCUGCUUUUUAAUGCUAAUAAUCUACGAGCCUCUAUGCUAAUUGUCACGUGUUGGUUUCUACAAACUUCUGAACCAAGGAACUACAAAGGCUUUGGUGUGCUCAUGCUUCGCGUGGUACGAUGGGCUCUCCUUGUCAUCAUUCUCAUUGCUUGGAUUUGGGUGUGAGGCUUAGAGAGAACGCAGCAGAUGAGUGGAGGUCUCAGUGAGUAGCUUGCUGCUCAUCUGCAGGGCAAUCCAAGUGCAUUCUCUUCCCUACACCUUGGGGAGAGAAGUCUCCAAAGCAUAAGGCUUGCAUACAGACCAAGCCGUGACACCUGGCUGCACGGGGCUAUGCUUGUGCUCCUCUGUGGGAUCCUGAGGGAUCUUAGUCAUGGGGCUGGGCAUGGGAUGACACGGGCAGGGAGCUCUGAGAGAACAGGUCCUACCCCUUCCUCACCUCCCAGCUUCCCCAUGGCAGUGGUUCGAGGUGUGCCCGUGCACAUUGAAUGCUGCCAUAAUUACAGGGAACGCAACGUCUUCACCAUUCAUAGAGCUUUGUGGAUGCGUGCAUGCAGUUUCUGCUAAUUGACAUUUGUUCAGAUGAAAGUAAUUUGAUAAAAAACAUUUUGGCCUGUCAUCAGUGCCAUUUACACUAGUAAUGACAGUCACCCAGUACAUUAGUUGGCAAGGAUAGGGUUGGUCCGGUCUUGCGCUUUGGUUGUUCCUUGGUUUGUUUUGAGUCUUUUUUAGCUCCUACAGCACCCUACUGGAUUGUAGACUUGAUCUAAGCACCAAUUGCUGUGUUGUAUGCAGUGUAGUAUUCUUGUUCAGUACAAGUGGUAAAGGGGGAAACCAGUGGAAUUUGUUUUAGCCGAGUUGAGCUGCUAAAAAGUGUGAUGGCCUCAUCAUAGGGCAUUGCACCAUCGUGUCCCCAUCCACGGCCCCUGAGGCCACCAGCCCUGAGCCAUCCAAUGGGAGACGUUUGGUCCCAUUGUGCUUAACAGGAUCCAAAACCUGUAGCAGAGAGACUGCCUGGCUGCAAGAAUGUAAAACAUGUCAUUGCAGCUUGGCCAUAAUUUAGAAAACCAGCUGCUUGCUGGUCUGUAAUUGAAUUUUUGGUGCACUUUAGUUGAAGGUUUUGGUUUUUUUUUCCCCUUCCUUAAGACUCGUCUGUAUUGUCAGUACAUUUAGAGCGAUGUGCUAAUCUCAGUGUGCACCGCUUCCAGUUCCAUGUCCCCAAAACGCUCCGGUGUCGUUGCAGAAGAUGGGCACAGCCACUGCUAUCCUGCUGAAGUUUUUAUUACUGCCUGCUGUUGUUCUCAUGCUCUGCACUGAGAGGUGCUGCAUGCAGGCCGGGAGGAGCACAGCAGUGGGGCAGGAGCAGUCCCAGCUGUGCUGCGUGUCCCCUGCCCACGUCCCUGCACGCGCUGCUGCGGGGCCAUGUGACUUGGGGCCAUAUUAGCAGGUUUAUCCAAGCCUAGCCCCUCCGACUAACAGAUGUAGGCAAAAGGGCAUGCUGGGAUUGCAGCAGUUGCUUUUGAACAACAAUGUCCUUUUUGUGAGAAUCUGAUGCUUCUUAAAAGAUGGAACAUGACAUCAUUACCGUCGGUCCAAGAAGCAUUCCUUCAAUAAUACUGAGUGUGCUCUGGUUAUCAGCUCCCUUCCCCCCGCUCCAUUCUCUCCCUUUUCUGACUGAUGCUUUUUGUCUAUUGUUUCUUUCGGGGCUGUAAAUGUGAAACAGUUGUCUUUCAGUGUUAUGUGCUUGUUAGAGCUGGAAUCAAGUGGAAUAUUGUUGGCUUAUUUGAAAAAAAAGAAAGAAAAAUAACAAAAAAACUUUUCUUCCAGUCUUCAUAAAUGUAGCAGGCUUCAGGUAGGGGCUCACUUGGAGCUAAUUAUUUCCCUUCCCACGCCGUGUUCGUUGCUGUGUGAUGUAAGGAAGGUGUGGGCAGUGCAGCCUCAGUGCUGUGUCCCAGCCCCGCUCUGCUGGCACUCACAUGUGCUGUGUGUGCUGCUCGGGUGGCUCUGCACAGUCUGCGCUGAUACAGUGCGUGUGUGCUCACUCACAAGCGCAGUCUGCCAGAGCUGUGUGUUCCGUGCUUGGAUCUUGUGCUUGGUUCACCUCUGGGAUUUUGCAUUGGUUUUUCCUUAGCCCCCAGGGUUGGGCUAUCAUGAAAGAUUGUGUUGGGUUACACUAGAAAUCUUCUUGCAUCCUGACUGCUUGAAUGAAAGCUAGAGAAAUGCUGGAUUUCAGCUCCCAGCUCUGCCUUCUCUCUCCCACGCAUGUCUUCAGCAGGAAAACGGGGGAAUCUUGCAGGCUUCACCACCAUACCAAGUAAUCCAUGCUGAAGAGGCUCCAUUCAUACAGAUGAACCAAGGGUUGAGGCAGCACUUUAUACCCAGAUAGUCGGUCGGCUCACUGCCCAGCAGGAUGCCAUCAACCAGCAGAGCGGGCAGCCUGAAGGACCCCGAAAUCGCAGAGCUCUUCUUCAAAGAAGAUCCAGAAAAGCUCUUCACAGAUCUCCGAGAGAUUGGCCAUGGAAGCUUUGGAGCAGUUUAUUUUGCACGUGAUGUGCGCACCAACGAAGUGGUGGCCAUCAAGAAGAUGUCGUACAGCGGGAAGCAGUCCAAUGAGAAAUGGCAGGAUAUUAUUAAGGAAGUCAAGUUCCUCCAAAGAAUAAAACACCCUAACAGUAUAGAAUACAAAGGCUGCUAUUUGCGGGAGCAUACGGCAUGGCUUGUUAUGGAAUAUUGUUUAGGAUCAGCAUCAGACUUACUAGAAGUUCAUAAAAAGCCAUUGCAAGAAGUGGAAAUAGCAGCAAUUACCCAUGGUGCUCUCCAGGGAUUAGCAUACUUGCAUUCUCACAAUAUGAUCCAUAGAGAUAUCAAGGCAGGAAACAUCCUGCUGACAGAGCCAGGACAGGUGAAACUUGCUGACUUUGGAUCUGCUUCCAUAGCAUCUCCUGCCAACUCAUUUGUGGGGACGCCAUAUUGGAUGGCCCCAGAAGUGAUUUUAGCCAUGGAUGAAGGGCAGUAUGACGGCAAAGUAGAUGUUUGGUCUCUUGGAAUUACCUGUAUUGAGUUAGCGGAAAGGAAGCCUCCUUUGUUUAAUAUGAACGCAAUGAGUGCCUUAUAUCACAUAGCGCAGAAUGAAUCCCCUACACUACAGUCUAAUGAAUGGUCUGACUAUUUCCGAAACUUCGUAGAUUCUUGCCUCCAGAAGAUUCCUCAAGACAGGCCUACAUCAGAGGAGCUUCUCAAGCACAUGUUUGUCCUUCGGGAGCGGCCUGAAACAGUGUUAAUAGACUUGAUUCAGAGAACAAAGGAUGCAGUGAGAGAACUGGACAACCUGCAGUACCGUAAAAUGAAGAAGCUCCUCUUCCAGGAGGCACAUAAUGGCCCUGCAGUUGAAACACAGGAGGAGGAAGAGGAACAAGAUCAUGGUGUUGGCAGGACAGGAACAGUGAACAGUGUCGGAAGUAAUCAGUCCAUUCCUAGUAUGUCUAUCAGUGCCAGUAGCCAAAGCAGUAGUGUUAACAGUCUUCCAGAUGCCUCGGAUGAUAAGAGCGAGCUGGAUAUGAUGGAAGGGGACCACACGGUGAUGUCAAAUAGUUCUGUCAUUCACUUAAAGCCGACCGAAAUAAAAGCCUUUAGUAAUCGGAAUUCUUCUUCUGCCGUGUUAAUAUUUGCUGAUAAGGAGGAAGAAAACUACAGAGAGGAAUCGGAUCCUCGAACGAGGGCAUCAGAACCCCAGUCUCCUCCCCAAGUAUCCCGCCACAAGUCUCAUUAUCGCAAUCGAGAGCACUUUGCUACUAUACGCACAGCAUCGCUGGUGACAAGGCAAAUGCAGGAGCAUGAACAAGACUCUGAACUCCGAGAGCAGAUGUCUGGCUAUAAACGUAUGAGACGGCAACACCAGAAGCAGCUGAUGGCAUUAGAGAAUAAACUGAAGGCAGAGAUGGAUGAGCAUCGCCUCAGGUUGGACAAAGAUCUUGAAACUCAGCGUAACAAUUUUGCUGCAGAAAUGGAAAAGCUAAUAAAAAAGCACCAAGCAGCCAUGGAAAAAGAGGCUAAAGUGAUGGCCAACGAAGAAAAGAAGUUUCAACAGCAUAUUCAGGCCCAACAGAAAAAAGAACUGAACAGUUUCCUGGAGUCUCAGAAGAGAGAAUACAAACUCCGUAAGGAGCAGCUGAAAGAGGAGCUGAAUGAAAACCAGAGCACUCCAAAGAAGGAGAAGCAGGAGUGGCUCUCCAAGCAGAAGGAGAACAUCCAGCACUUCCAGGCAGAGGAAGAGGCCAACUUGCUGAGGCGUCAGCGGCAGUACCUGGAGCUGGAGUGUCGCCGCUUCAAGAGGCGGAUGCUCCUGGGCCGCCACAACCUGGAGCAGGACCUGGUUCGGGAGGAGUUAAACAAAAGGCAGACCCAGAAGGACCUGGAGCACGCCAUGCUGCUGCGUCAGCACGAGUCCAUGCAGGAGCUGGAGUUCCGCCAUCUCAGCACCAUCCAGAAGAUGCGCUGUGAGCUGAUCCGGCUCCAGCACCAGACCGAGCUCACCAACCAGCUGGAGUACAACAAGCGCCGGGAGCGGGAGCUGAGGCGUAAGCACGUCAUGGAGGUGCGGCAGCAGCCCAAGAGCCUGAAGUCAAAAGAACUACAGAUAAAGAAGCAGUUUCAGGAUACAUGCAAGAUCCAAACCAGACAGUACAAAGCACUGAGAAACCAUCUGCUGGAGACCACGCCAAAGAGUGAACAUAAAGCUGUCCUCAAACGGCUCAAGGAGGAGCAGACCCGGAAGCUGGCUAUCCUGGCUGAGCAGUACGAUCACAGCAUUAAUGAAAUGCUCUCUACACAAGCUCUGCGUUUGGAUGAAGCACAGGAAGCAGAGUGCCAGGUUUUGAAGAUGCAGCUGCAGCAAGAAUUGGAGCUGCUGAAUGCAUAUCAGAGUAAAAUCAAGAUGCAGGCAGAAGCCCAGCAUGACCGGGAGCUGCGUGAUCUUGAACAGAGGGUAUCCCUCCGUCGGGCCCUCCUUGAGCAGAAGAUUGAGGAGGAGAUGCUGGCGUUGCAGAACGAGCGUACCGAACGGAUACGAAGCCUGCUGGAGCGUCAAGCUCGCGAGAUCGAAGCCUUUGACUCAGAAAGCAUGAGGCUAGGUUUUAGUAAUAUGGUUCUUUCUAAUCUCUCCCCCGAGGCGUUCAGCCACAGCUACCCGGGAGCUUCUGGCUGGUCCCACAAUCCUACUGGGGGUGCAGGACCUCACUGGGGUCAUCCCAUGGGUGGCCCACCGCAAGCUUGGGGCCAUCCAGUGCAAGGUGGACCCCAGCCAUGGGGUCACCCCUCGGGGCCCAUGCAGGGGGUACCUCGAGGUAGUGCGAUAGGGGUCCGCAACAGCCCCCAGGCUCUGAGGCGGACAGCUUCUGGGGGACGGACGGAACAGGGCAUGAGCAGGAGCACAAGUGUUACUUCACAAAUAUCCAAUGGUUCACACAUGUCUUAUACAUAACUUAAACAAUAACUGAGGGUGGCAAUUCCACUGGAGCUGUCUGCCAACAGAAACUGCCUACAGACACCAGCCCAGCAGCCUCCUCAGUGCGGUGCUGACGUGUGGAAGCUGGGUGCACAUGGAAUAUUGUAUUCAUUUUGUAAAGCAUUACGUUUUGUGUUUACUAACUGGGAUGUCAUAGUAUUUGGCUGCAGGGUUUGGGGGGGGUGGUUUUUUGUUGUUGUUUUUUUUUUUGUUGUUGUUGUUGUUUUUGUUUGUUUGUUGGUUUUGUUUUUGUUUUACUUUUUGGAGGGGUCUCGGGAGGGCGUCUGAGAAAUAUAUGCAAUUAGUCAGAAGAGUUGGCUGGUGGUCGUCACACUGACAGGACAGAAGGGCCUCAGGCUGCCCGCGUCACACCAUCCGUAGGAAGUCUGAGGGAGAACAGAGACCUCCUCCCAUGUCCAUAAAUUUCGAACUGCCACCCUGCAAAAACCAGGCAAGCUGCCUUUUAAACCAACAUCCAGGGGAGGAACAGCUGGAUCUUCUGUUCCGUUUUUAUUUGUCAUUAAAGUGGAAACAUUUCUAGGGUAUUGCCUCUGCCAGGAGGCGUUUUCAAAGACUUGUAGGUAAGGAAGAAGGGUCAGAAGAGAGGCCAGGAGACACCGGGGCUCAGCAGGGCCCUUCUACCCAAGUGCCGGCUCCGUGUUGUGUCGGAAGGGAAGUUCUCUCAGAAGGCACUGGUCAGCUUCCCGAGAACUCCGUAGGUAAACCUGUUUGGAGGGAACAGGCUAGAAAUGUUAGAAGUUGUAUUCCUGCUUUAGCACUCCCUGACUGUGCUGCUGGUAGCUCAGGCAAGGUUGGGCAGAGGAGUGUAAGUAAUGCACUUGUACAGCUAAUACUGUGACAUCUCAUCUUAGCUAAGCAUCAGAAUAAUUCUUGGAGCCCAGCGUAGUCCUUUUUGCUCCAUUCAGAAAUGUUAGAUUUUCAGCCAAUCAGUUUCAAAUGCCAGAGGUGUUUUGAAGGAUGCCAUAGUCACAAAAUGCCAUUGAUCGGGUUUUUCAUUGUUACACUACAUCCACCGAUUUAUUACCUUUUUGGCUUGUUGCAAUUUCCUGUUUACAUGUAGAGUGUAGCCAACUGUUGAAAUGUUUAGUUGCCACAGUGUACCAGGAGGAGCUGAGCCAAUGACUCUUCCCAGCUGAUGACUAACCCACAUCACCACUGUAGAUCUUGCUGCAUGUGAGGCUCCUUUUUAUUAUUUUUGUCGCUGCAAUACUUUACAACUCUUACAGUCCCUUGAGAUGCUGUGAUCGUUUGGCAGCAUAUCAUGCCAUGCAAGAAGGCACUACUUCCAGAGGCUCGUUGGAGCUGCUGUACUACUGAAAGGAAGCAAAGGAGGUCGUGGAAUCAAUACAGUGAUAAAAGGUCAGGGAGACUAAUUAAGCAAGAGACUUUGUGGCAUAGUGUCAUCCCUUAGUGCUGGGAACUGGAGAUGCUGCCGUGCUCUUGUGUCAGUGCCCGAGCAGGCUGGGGCAGCCAGCACUUGUGGGGUUAGGAGGAGUGCAGGUUUGGCUCGAGGCAAAGCUUUCUGUCUUGGGGACUGACUAGCCAGGGUUCUUUGUAAAUGUUUUUCCUUGCACACUAAUCAUCUUGAAGAAAACACUAGCUGCUAACUCUAGGAUUUGCCUUUAAUAUGUUUAUAGGGCUCAAAAGCAAGGUUUUCCGAAUGUGUUUGUCCACGUGACAUAUUUAUAUAGUAAAUACUCUAGUGUCUCACUGCUGUUCAGUACUCUCAGCAGGGCGACGUUCUUUCGUUAGCUAAACUAAUGUCCACUCCCAACCCUGAACACUCCGCCCGUGUCCAGUGAAUCCCACUGGGGCUUUUAGCAUCUUGACGUAGCAUAUCACUCAGAUGGAAUGCCCAAACUGCCAAAAGACGUUUGGGCAGCCCCUUAGUGAGGAGCCUUGUAGUCCAAACAGUUUGCAGGAGUGGUCCCGAGGAAGUGACCGUUGCCCCUGCGGACAGUGGUGACUAUGAAUUGUCCUAUCCCUUCCUCUGCUCUGUUUCCGUGUGGAAUUGGAUGUUUUGGGGUCACUCUUUUGCAUUGCAAUAUUGAUGAAAAUGCAGCAAAACAGGUUUAGGUUUAGAAAGGAGGGAGAAGAAAAAAAAAAAACAAAACAAAACAACAAACCAAAAAGAAUGGAAAGGCCAACCCCCCUCAACCUAUAUUGGCGUUUACCAUGUGAGUGUGGAGUGUGUGUCCAGAGCACGGUGCUAACACGAGGGCGCGAAGCUCAGCUCCUCUAUCGCCAGCAGCAGCAGUGGGACAGGCUGUGCCCGCAGGUUCGUUCUUUUGCUUCUGUUAUGGUUUGAAUUUGGUCGAGUCUCUGGCUUAAACUGAGCUACUUCCACAGAAUUCUCUCAACCCAUCUCUUUGUGUAAUGUCGAGCAUGACUGAAUGCUGAAUCCAAAUGAUGGCUAUCCCGUAUUGGCUUUUUUUUUUUUGUAUUCAAAAAGAAUUGUGUAGUAACCAUUUUUACAUGUAUAUCAUGUGCAGACCUGGACUAUUCCAACAAGUUAAUAUUUUAAUUAAAAUAGUUUGCAAAAACUGA